GGUCCGUGCGCCUGCGCAGUGGCCCUUCCUCAGGCGACAGCCAUGGCGGGCCAGGAAGACCCAGUGCAGCGGGAGAUUCACCAGGACUGGGCGAACCGGGAGUACAUCGAGGUCAUCACCAGCAGCAUCAAGAAGAUCGCAGACUUCCUCAACUCGUUCGAUAUGUCUUGUCGUUCGAGACUCGCAACCCUCAAUGAGAAAUUGACAGCUCUGGAGCGGAGAAUAGAGUACAUUGAGGCUCGGGUGACGAAAGGCGAGACCCUCACCUAGAGCCGAGCCGGCAGUGCUGCUGCUGGGAGUCGCUUCGCGGGACGCAGGCCUCCGGGACAGCCCCGCAGCCCCAGCUCCGUCCUCUGCUCAGAGCGCAGGGCUUACUCUUGUUUUCCCUCUCUGCCAUGCACGUCGGGGAGUGUGGUGUGGCAUGCGGGGACCAGUCCAGGGGCGCUUGGAAACAACAGGAGGUGCUUGGCCUCUUCAGGAAUGUUCUGUCUGCCGUGUGUUUGAGGCAUUCAGAGCCCAAAGCCUGGGACUCUGCGAAGGCCCCUCCCUCCCCGUUUCCUCGGCUGCCUUGCCCUGGUGAAGUCUGUCUCCUCUCCAGCUUGUGGGUGGGGAGGCCGUGCCCGGGCAAGGGGACUGCCAGAGGAUGUGGCUAACCCACCUGCUUCUUGUCUUCUGCGGAGGGGCGAGACCAGGCCCCCAUCUGGCUUGAAAAGGGACAUUUUCAGGGCUUGCUUUCUGUCACUUGGGGUGUCUUCACUGCUCCUGUUUCCCUAAUAAACCCCUCGAUUUGA